AUGGCGGACCUUAGUUGGCUGCGUUUUGGGCAGCGCUCGCGCACACCCACCCUUCCCAAGGCUCCAGCCUCUACGGAUCGCCUCUUAGCACAAGAACCCGAAGAGCAACGUCGGCCAGUCCCGUCCCGUGUCUCCAGCUACCUCAGUCUCAAUAGCCGCUUCUCCUUCUCUCCGGAACCCCCUACAGCAUCAAGCAGCACGAGCCUGCUGGUCAAGGAUCAGGAUAGGGUUUGGCACAACCCGUCGCUGGACCAGAUGGUAGAAGCCCUCCAGGUUACCAUGAUGACCAAUGGAGUCCUCGAGCGGAUCCCCUUGGAGUACAACUCAUAUGUCUUGCACCUCAUCGAAGGUUUCCACGACCUGCAGGAAAAGCUGGAGUCGGUCAAUGCGGCCUGUGAGGAGGCCAAGGGGGCGCGUGCCCAAACUUCAGAGGACUUCAAGACAGUGGCGGAUGAGUGGGCAAAGCGAGAGUCACAGUACAAGGCCGAGGUCAAGAGAUUGGAGGUGCUCCUCGCACGUACCUCACGUGAUGGGCUAGAGACGGUGACGCUGGCCAGGACCAACAGCGUUGUGAAUCGAGGAGAACCCGACCCGAAGCAGUUCGUUUCCAGGUUGGAGGAGAUGCGCCGCCAGGCUACACCGCACAGGGUCGACUCGGAGCCGAAUACACAAAACGACUAUCCGGUAUUUCUGGGUCAGCCCCCGUCAACGACUACGCACGUUCUGAAGGCUUUGGAACGGAUCGAGAACAUGUACCAGGCAAAGUCUGAACCUGGCGACAAGUCCGUGCCACGAGCAACCCCUAAUAUUCUCGAUGGCGAUAAGGACUUCUUGACAAGCGAGAGAUUCCGACGCCAGGGGGCAAUCAAGUCCAACAAUAAGAUGCGCCAGCGCCCAAGGCCUUCUCGGCUACGACUGGCAUCCAAGACCACAAGCCCUGCCAGGCCCGACUCCAAAGGCAACUCAUACAGCUCAAGCUCUGGAGGUGACGUUGGUGUUGCUGGUGGUACGAGCGUUGAACCAGGUCUGCCCCGAGCUGGAGAAGCAACUGGGCUUGGAACCAGUCAAUGGUCAUCAGCAGAAAACGCGUCUCCCCUUAGCACUGACAGCAGCCUUGACGAAAAGACCUCCGAGAAUCAUCUUUGUCUCCUUGCAUCUGACCACCACACUGCGGCCGUGGCGAAGGAAAAAGAGAUUCGGUAUGACCGACCCAUGGCACCAGAGCGUCUGGAACGGGGCGAACGGGCAGCAAGGUUCCAGCCACAUGAGCAGCACAUUUCGACGGAUGUCCCAUCGAGAGAGGCGACCAUCGAUGAAAGCUACGUAGCAUUUUCUGCUGCAGCUCCCGUGAGGCCAACGUUGGAUAAUCUGAAGGUCGGUGGUGGGUCGAAACUCGAGGGGGAACCUUCCCUCUCGGAAAGUGGCUCAGCAGGCACCAUGGACACCGUUAUCCGCGUUUGCGAAGGUGAAGAUCACGUUUCGUCUUCCUGCAAGCGCACCAUCGAGGGCACAGCCACUCCAGGGGAUCCAGCUCGUACCGACCCUACCACAAAAUAUGUCGAAGAAACUGGAGCUAGGCGAGUAUAUCCGUCGCCGAGACAGGAAGUUCAUAGGCAGAACAGUGCGCAAAUAGCAGCAUCGCGAGCCCUGCAGAGAAAUCAGUUGAAAGGGUCCGGCUCCAAGGUCUAG